UAUCAUUACUCUGUUUGAACUGUCGCAAAAUAACAGAGAAGAAAAGCAAAAGGAAGAAGACAUCGGACCUGUUUCUGGCAUCCGCCAUCCUCCACUUGCUACUGCUGCAUUCUUCUUGAUCCCUCUAAUUACAGGGAGGAAUAAAAAGGAAAAAAAAAAGGGUGGGAUUUCAGCAUUUGCAACUUCAGAGAAAGUAAGGGGGAUUGGGGGAAGGAAGAAGAAUGCGCUCCGACACCGCACUCUCCUUUCAAGUGUUUCCUUGUUUCCAUAAGCUUUAACUAUUUGUUUACUAAUUAAUCCUCCUCUGAUUUCGCUCAGUUCGACUCUCUCUCUCUCUUUGGCUUCUUUGUUCUGCGUGCUCUGCGACUGCGACUGCGACUGCUAGACUGCGACUGAGUUCUAAGGGAAGCAUUUAAUUUGUUGCUUGCCAGCUGCACUGCCAAAAGGAUGAUGAGAAAAAGGAGGAAGACGCUCCAUUGAUUGCUGAGUAGUAAUAAGCAAUCGCUGUCCUGCUGCCUUUUGCUACUCAGUCUUUCUUGAGGGGGGUUUUACGGUGGCCUGGAGAUGAGUCUCGCCAUCGCGGAGAGGAAGGCACAACAGAAGCAACAGAGGCAGCCGGGUGGGUUCGUCGGCGUCUUCUUCCACCUUUUGGAGUGGAACCGACGGCUCGCAAAGAGGAAGCUUUUUUCUCGGAGGAAGCUCCUCCCUCCAGUUCGGGCAGUGAAAGCGGCGAAGGCGUUCGCCGCCGAUGAGAAGAUGCCAUUGGCGAAAUUGCUGCUGAUCGAUGAUGAGAACCACUACCAGGGUGAUUUUCCCAGCACGAAAAAGCUCGACGAUCUGGGACGUGGGAUGCGGGCUCCUGGGCUGGUGGCCAGGUUGAUGGGUCUCGAAUCCAUGCCUGUUGUCGCGCAUGAAAGGCCACGAAAGGCUACAUACUGCAGCUGCCUUGCCAACAGGGAGGAAAGUGGUGGGGUGUUUCACCGAAUCGAUCAGGAUCUGCGUGUGGAAUCUGGUGGGAUUGGGAAACAGGAGAGCAGACCGCAGAAGUUGAGGAAGACUGGAGGGUUCUUGGAGAGACAGCCCAUUGAUGAAGGCCACGGGAAAGCUAAUCUUCCGGGGAAGAAGAAGAAGAAGACGGUGCUCUCUUCCCCCUCAAAGAAUAGGCUUCACAAGCUACCUUCCCCUGUGAAAAGCUCGCGGUUACCACCGGGCAGGUUGAUGAAGGCUGCUACUAGAAUUCUGGAGCCUGGUUUGCAGACUGGAGGUCGGGCUAAAGUGGCAAUAACCUACAAGGAUUCUUCAAACUUUGACGCAGAAGGCAUUGAUAUCGUCACGACCUUGAAGGACUCUAAUGAAUCAUUCUCUGAUUCUGUUUCUGAAUCUAGCUUGACCUGUAGGAGAUUAGAUGACAAAUUCCGAUUCCAACCAGGUGAUGAAGAAACUCCGAGACAAAGGAUUGGUUCAUCUUCUUUUGAUAUUGGUAAUCCUUCUUGCUCUCAUGCUGAAAUUGCUUUAGGUAGUUUUAGUUCGUUUGCCUUGCAUGGUGAACAGUGUAAUGGCUUUGAGAUGCUUAAACCCGUUCAAUCUAAGAUCGUCAUGCAAAACAACGUGGAGGAACUUGGUCAGAAGAAUAACCAAUGUGCAUGCAAGACUAAGCUUGAUAGGUCAUCGAAUAGUCUUAGGAGGAAUCAACUUAGGCAGAAUCAAGCCAGUGGAAAAAAUGCUAUUUCAAGAGACAAAGUAGCAUUUGGAACCAAGGUUAGUUCAAGUAAGCACGGUGGAAGAGAUGCAAAUAAGCUCAGUAGUGCAAAAGGUUCUGCUUUUGUGGUAAGAAACGCAAGCAAAGACAGUUGUUCAAAGUUGGCUUAUGAACAAAAUAGCAAUAGAAGAGAAUUAGAUACUAACACUAAGAAGAACAUGUCGCAUAAGAGAACAAUAAGUACUUUCUGUGGAGAACAUGUUGAAACCAGACGCACCACUUCUACCAAGCAAAAUACUGGAAUCAGUUUAAGUGAUAGAAAGGGGUUUGAACAAAACACUAACAGGUCUGUCAGCAAAAGAUGUAUCAAAAGCAAUUCAAAUGACCAAAGUGGUGAUGUAUCUGGUUUCAAGAGCAGUGAUAUUUUUUGUUUCGCAUUCAAUUCACCGAUUAUGCAUACACCUAGAUCACCUUCUUACAAGGAAAAGGAGAAGAACAGGACUACAAAUGGGUACAUAAACAACAUUGAUUGUGAUGCAACCUUGGAGUUGGAUACGCGGAGUAACAUGAUAUCUAACAGAAUAGCUACAUUGAGAGGGGAUGAAUUAAGGAAUCUGCUUGAAGAAAAAAUUAAGGAAUUUACUUCCAUCGAUCAGGACUUACUAGUUAGAGCUGCAAGGCCUUUUCCUUGUCUAGAGGAUCUAGGAACUGCCUUCAUAACUGGACAGAAUGAACAUAAACAUACAGGUGCCUGCUCCGAGAAAAUUGUCACGUCUUCCUGCUCAGACUCAUCUUGUUUUCCUACACAAACACAGGACAAUGUCAAAAUCAGCCCUGCAUCAGUUCUUGAUUUGGAGAGUAGUCAGCUUAGCCCAAUAUCCAUUCUAGAGGCUACAUUUUCCAAUGAGAGUUGCUCAAUUGGGAGCCUUUAUGCCAGUUCAGGUGGAAAGCUGCAGUUUGGUUUGGUGGAAAAUUGCAACACACCACAGUCAACUGACACAGAGAAUGAACUUUUGGAUUCAGCAACUUCAGUUGAUCUCAGGCAUUUCGCUUCAAAUGCACAACUGUUGUUUGAAAAUUUCACCUCGAAUGGGCCAGAAGUUGGUUCUUUAGACAUUUCUCUAGAAUCAUCUCUUUUAGACUUGCUACAAGCUAUUUGCGACACACUUCAGAUACCAACCGUUGAUCCCUGUUAUAAUGGGUUAAAAGGAACAGAUCAACUAAGAGAGUUGCUAUUUGAUUGCAUGAUCGAAUGCCUGGAUUCUAACUAUAGCUGUUCAAGCAAGUCUGGUUUCAUGACAUAUCUUAAGAUACCUUUCCAUUUAACCCGAGAAAAAUUGUUGGAAGAACUUGACAGGCAAAUAAGAGAAUGGAUGGAUUUGGCAGGCAACUUUUUGGAUGAUUUGAUCAAGAAUGGAAUGAAAAGCUCAACUGAAAAGUGGACAGUUUGUAAGAUGGAAGUGUUUGAGACUGGCAUGGAUCUAGAGAGCAACAUUCUUCAGACUUUGGUGGAAGAAACUGUGACCGAUUUCUGCUGGCAGAUGUUGAACAUCAGAAGUUGCAACUGAUGGGUCGAUUGGUCUCAUAAACAAGCCCUGAUUUUGUGUUUCUUGGUUUCUUACUGUAUUUACGACACUAAGAAGCAAGAAAUCAAGUUUUGUACAAAUUGCCAGAAGAUUUGUGAAAAGGGUUGAUUGCUGAGUCGAUGUAUUUUUUUGCUCAAUCUUUGGAUUUGCUUUGUGGCCUCAAUCUACAUAUUAUGAGUUGAUUCCCUUUUA